UUGGCUGGAGGCUAACAGAGGAGACUGGGAAGCCAUCUUGGAUUCCCAGACCCAGACUGGUGCAGCCAAGGGCCCAGGGGACAACAUCACUGAGCAGGCCAGGACCAGAGGUGACAUAGUGGAGUCUGCAGUCCAUGAGGAUCUGCUGAUAUCCAGUGUUGUUGGUGGGAGAGACUGGACCUCUGAAACAGCUGGUCACAAACCCUGGCACCGGAUCAGAACCCUGGAUCAGGAGCCUUCGCUCUUACUUCCCGAGUCAGAACCGGGACCGAACCACGAAGGACAGAGACUCCACCACCACACAGAGCACAACCAGUGGACAGGUGGAUUGAAUAACCUCAGUCCUGGUGGUCAUCAGAGAGACAGAGGCUCCAGUCAGGGAUCCAGUCUGCAGCCCAGUCCCUUCUCUUCACAGACUCAGUGCAGGGAUGAUGCAGGGUCUGGGGCUGAUAGAGAUAGACCCUCCUGUUCCUAUGAUACAAACACCACAGUAUCCAUGAUGAACAGAGCAGGUCACCCUGGGCUUCAGCCUUCAGAGAGAGUGGUGGGAGAUCCAUCUGGUGGUAGUCUAUCAGCAAGUCUGUCUUCUCCUUCAGGAUCUUGUCUAAUUCCUGAUGAUUGGGUUCAUAGAAAGCCUGGGUCUUGCCUUCCUCAGCAACCUCAUGGUUACCCCAUGAAUACAGACCAGGUCAGGAUGGGUGUUCACCACGAGAGGUACCUAGCCUAUAACACAGCAGACAAUUCUAACAACACCCAAACAAUGGCUAAAGGUCAAGGACGGAGCUCAAAUACUCCUGCUUCUACCUUCUCUGGUGUCAUUGGGUCACAACGUGGGGGGCCGAGCGUUAGGACUGAUGCCAACAAGCCAUAUGCCUGCCCCACAUGUGGGAAGUGCUUCGCUGAAGCGUACUAUGUGAAGAUGCACCAGACCGUUCACACCAAGGAGAGGCCCUUCAAGUGCAAACUAUGUUACAAGAGCUUCUCCUUCCUGACUAACCUGAUCAGACAUAGGAGUGUCCACAAUGGGGAGAAAUCGUAGCAGUGUGGCUUGAUGUACACAGGGGAUAUCUGAGAAACAUUCUUUAGCUGACAUAUUAUAGUUAUAAUCAACCACUUACCCUUCAUUAACCCUUUUGUUAACUUGUCAUUUGAAACAGGAUAGUAAAUACCUUGUUUUUAGAGAAAUUGUAAACCUAGGCUAGAACUAGAAGAGUUGAAUAUUUACCUUACUGGAGGUGAUGUAGUCAUAUUAUUUUCUAUUCUGUUCUAGCUAACAAUUCUUUCUAAACAAGUCUGCUCUCAGCUUGAAAGAUACUGAUCAUAGGAUAUCUGAUGUGUAAUGUCAUAAGAAGUACCGUAUUUCAAAGAACAGCAAGCAUACCUUUAACAUUUAACCGCACCCUUUGAGGUAUGCCGCAAACCAAUAAGAUACAUUCUCUUCAGAGUAAAACUGAUGUUUUGUUUGAAACUGCUGGCGAGUGAAGAUGAGUGAGAAUGAGUGGGUUUCACUGGCGAAAAAGAAAGGAAACAAGAGAUGUAAAGUUGUGGUGGACAAUAGGAAACUCUUAGACUGGUUUUUGAUCGGAGUGAGGGUUUUGGACCAAUGGAACCUGGGAGAUCCAUUUGAAGUGGCGUCAGUCACAAGAAGUGGGCUUAUUUAGUUGUUUUUUUGUGUGUUGAGAAAUGACAGGUGUCUCAAUCAAUGAGAGAAGACUUGAAAUAGACAAGAUGGCGGAGUACACAUUGUUGAAUACUUCGUGGAGGAAAAAAAAGUAUUUAUUUUAAUAACAGAGCAUUUAUCUCAAUUCAAACGGACCCCUUGCAACUGGACACAUCCUGUUUCCACGCAUUGAGGACGAAGAAAAUGAUCUGUGCUACACCAAACAGUACCUAUCAUGUAACACCCAUUAAUGGAUACCCAAAAGUAUUCGGAUGAGUCACAUCUGGUGUAACAAUCUGUAGCUAAGGAUAUACAAGGAAUCCUGUACAUUAAGGUACUGCCCUCACAGGCCCCUGAACCUGUGUAUGGAUUUGAUUUGGAUUGGACUGUGAGUGACUAAAUAAGUGGGGUGGUUUUAAUUGAUCUAUAUUUGUAUUUCGUGUAUUGUCACCCCUGUGGUCCACACGGGCGGAGGCUGUUCACCUGUACACACAGCGGGAAGAGGUACUCAGAGAGGAGCUACUUCAGGAUACACCAGCAGAAAAACCAUUCCACUCUGUCAUAGAAAGUAACCAUUCCACUCAAUAGCUUCUGACGUUGAGAUCAAACCCUGCAUUAAAGACAGAUGAAUUUUCAUUGUCAGCAGAAGGAAAAAGGAAACCGCACACGACUCUUGAUAGUAUCACUGCUAUUUAUUAAACUUACGUGUCGGCCUUCGUCAGAGCUUUUGUAAUUAAAAAAAAAAGUGCACUUUUCUUUAAAAAACAAGGACAUUUCUAAGUGACCCCAAAUUUAUGAACGGUAGUGUAAGAUUGACCAACUCUUUGUGUCUUGGGCAUCCCCCUGUAAGUGCUGAUCUAGGACCAGAUUUGCCUUUUAAAUCAUAAUGAAUAAGACAAUUGAUCCUCAAUCAGCACUCCUACUCUGACCCUUUGUGGAUACAGGCCAAGGUCUACAAUAAUUUUAAGUGUGGGACCACACCUUUGAAUUAUCAACCCAUUUAAGUGUCAAGUAAUCAAAUUAACUAAGACAUUUUGCAUAGUAUCAAAUCAACUAACAUGAGGUUCUCAGAGGGGAGCUACCUCAGGAAACGCACACGGCCCAUGUAUAGAGUGAUAUGUAGUACUAGUUACUAGUUUAUUUGUAGUUCAUUCUGGUGGAUUUGGAUAUUGUAUGGAACUGGAUGAGGUGAACUGAGGUAAGAAUGAGUAUGAUGAUAUGACAACUAUGUCCCUUUAGGUUGAUACUGGUGUUUUAUAGUGAGAUAAUGAUAGUGCCUUAAUUCAUGUUUUCUUGACAUGAAGUAGACAAGCUGUGUGUAAAAUAAUGUUGAACCUUUUCCAAAGUAUUCUAAAAUUCAUUCUUUCAAAGCGAGGGUACCAGAUUUACGGAAAAGGUAGUGUUGCCAUAGUGUCACGUAUCAGUCUGAUCAAUAAAAGUACUGUACUUCACGUUAUGUGAUUGUACGACCAUUUUGUCGAAAU